GCAUUUUUUCCUCUUCUCUCUUCUCUUCUAUCUGCUGUCUUCACCAUUUGAGAAAUCAAGUCACGGAUCGGAUCGGUUGCUGUUGAGACGCCUUGGGAGGAUAUUUCCUUUUCCUUUAACGUCGUCUUUCCUCAUUCCUCUCCGUAGUACUAUUGUCUCCAAGUCUUCCUUGUCCGCGCUCUGCUGCGUUUCUUGUUGUCCAUUGGCUAAGUGGAUUUAUUCGUCAACCUAUUCUGGACGCUCUACUGCUCCCCUAUCUUUUUCGCCUUGCCCUCUCUCUAUCCACCCUUACAUUGAUUACAUCUACUAUCUAUCGUAGGCGUCCUGUCCAAUCCGUCUCAUAAAAAUCUCGUCUAGUCUUGUUUUUCUAGCUCCGGUUCUGACAUCGGGGUACGUAUUUCUUCUGUUCGCGCCAGCGCCAGUUGAAAAGAGCUACGGCCUUGUCCCUGUCGCCCCCUGUGCGCACAAGCCACCCACCACCGUGGAGAUUUUGAACAAGUUUGAGCCUUGUCGCCUUACGAAAUCUGUUUGGUGCCUGACGACUUUUGUCGCCAACAACGGUCGCGGAACCACUUUGACGCCACUCCCGUGCGAGAUACAUAUCAUACUUCAUUUGUGCGAAUCCUCGCCGAACACGUUUACUGGCGCGCCAGAGUUUCCCCUCCUUUUGCACCCCGGAAAGCGUGUCGGCAUCGAAUUUCUUUUGUCAUUGUUCUUUUUGUUCUUCACUUGCGUGUUGCAGAAGCCAAUCAACUUUUUUUUUUAGCUCGAUUUCUGUCACGGCCAAAGCUCCUUCCUCCACAACUUAGCGUCCGCCCUUCGCCCCUUCCCCUCCCGUCGUCGAUAUCGGCCUCUUGGGUCCUCUUGACUGAUUACUUCAAUCACUCGGAUCGAAAAUCGUCAAUCGACCCUUCCCCCUCCCAACCUCACGAUGACUGACAACGGAGCUCCUGCCCCGGGCACUCAGCUGCCUCCCCCGCCCCAGGCCAAUGCUGGUGCGCCGGGCUUCGACAACCCGCAGAACGGUCAAUCCGGUCCCAUGGCCCCUCCGCCUCUGCACAUUCCCCAGAACACCAACCCGAUCCCGACCGCCAUUACAUCGCCCAUGGGAGGUGGGGACCAGAGUGCUCUGAUGUCUCCGGGUGGUACCUUCACCCGACGCACUGCGCCUGAGCCUAACAAGCGCGCGCUCUACGUCGGUGGCCUGGACGCUCGGGUCACUGAGGACGUGCUGCGCCAGAUCUUUGAGACGACCGGCCAUGUGCAGAACGUCAAGAUCAUCCCGGACAAGAACGCCAAGGGCUACAACUACGGUUUCGUCGAGUAUGAUGACCCUGGAGCGGCUGAUCGUGCCAUGCAGACCUUGAACGGCAGGAGAGUUCACCAGUCUGAAAUCCGAGUCAAUUGGGCCUACCAGGCCGCCACCAGCGCAACCAAGGAGGACACGUCCAACCACUUCCAUAUCUUCGUCGGUGAUCUCUCCAAUGAGGUCAAUGACGAAGUCCUUACGCAGGCCUUCUCCGUAUUUGGCUCUGUGUCCGAGGCGCGUGUGAUGUGGGACAUGAAAACCGGCCGAUCCCGUGGUUAUGGCUUCGUCGCAUUCCGCGACCGCUCCGAUGCCGAGAAGGCACUCAGCUCCAUGGAUGGCGAGUGGCUCGGUUCCCGUGCCAUCCGCUGCAACUGGGCAAACCAGAAGGGUCAACCCUCGAUUGCGCAGCAGCAGGCCAUGUCGGCCGUGGGAAUGACCCCCACGACGCCGUUCGGUCACCACCACUUUCCCACUCACGGAAUGCAGAGCUACGAGAUGGUUGUCAACCAGACGCCCGCCUACCAGACCACCUGCUACGUCGGAAACCUCACCCCGUACACCACCGCCAAUGACGUGGUUCCGUUGUUCCAGAACUUUGGCUACGUGGUUGAGUCUCGAUUCCAAGCGGAUCGUGGUUUCGCUUUCAUCAAGAUGGAUAGCCACGAGAACGCCGCUCAGGCCAUCUGCGGCCUCAACGGGUACAACGUGAACGGACGGCCUCUCAAGUGCAGCUGGGGUAAAGAUAAGAACUCGACCAACCCUCAGGGCAACUUCGACCCUUCGCAAGCCUUCAGCCCUCAGAGUGCCGGAGGCCCUGGCUUCCCUGGAACUCCCUCGACCUACUUCCCGCAGUACGGCGGCCAAUUCAGCGGCCCCCAGGGCAACUUUGGCCCCAACUCGGCGCAGUCUCCCGCAGGCUUCCAACAGCCUAUGCCAUUCAGCAACCCGCCCAGCGCAGGCGGCUAUGGUCGCGGACAGCAGGCACCAAAUGCUCAGUGGUCGUCACCGCAGGGCCAGCCUCAGAACUUCAACAACAACGGCUUCUCGGGCUACCAAGGCUAACCAUCUCGUUGUUGUCCUAAGCCCAAGCGUCUUGUAUCCCAUAUCCGCCAUGUGAACCCGAAGGGGUUCAUGUGAACGGCACAGGUUUGCUCGUGGAUAAAUCGCAUGGGAGAGAUAAAACGAGGCCAAAAAAACAAAACGUCUGUGCUCGCAGUGAAGCGUCUUGUUUUCGCUUGACUGCAAUAUUUUAUGUUCUAGGAGCACUUGUUCUUACUCUCGACUGGAAGCUUUUCUGAUUUUUCGUUUACUUUUCCGAUGCUCUUGUGGUUUACAAAAUGGAUGGGAUGGUCUUUUCUUCCCCGGUUUCAAUGGCUCGUGUUUCCUAACGAGUCCCCAGAUGUCUCUCUGUUCUCUUCCUCUCGUUGUCGUCGAUUUCUCCUCUAUGCUGGUAUGUUAUGCGAGGCAUUUACAAUAUCCUGAGUUUUGGCCCUUUGUAGUAUUGCACGCAUUGUCACCCUUUGACGAGGGAAAAAGUUUUCGUUCGAUUUGAUUUCCUUGCUGGAUACCACCUCGAGCAUAGUGGACUGCGUUCUUCGACUUCCUCCUUUUCGACUCUUAUGACUUACGAAUUUUUGCUACUUCCUGCAAACCAUGUCCUUAAUAUUCGUGUCUUGCCACAUAUUUGGCCACCGGUUCUAAACAUUGAUAACCCUUUCUUUUCUUUCGCAUUAUUACGGAUGGGACGAUCUUUGAUUUCUAUUUGUCUUUAGUGUCCCAAAAAAGAUGGGCUUUGUGUUUUAAUCCAUCUGGGCCUAACUGGCCGGGGAUGAUCUAUGGUGGAAGUAGACAGACUGCUACAACAAAAAAAAAAAGGCGCCGCCCGAUCCAACGAAUUUAAAAAGCCAGCUUGGUUGAAUUUAUGCAAGUAUAAAGCCAUAGAGAAGUUUUGCUAGAAUGGCGUUUUGGUUG